AGUUUCCUAGUGCUGUUCACUUUUCUUUUUCCGUUUUUGGUAACUUGACCGAUUAUUUCAUCUAAGGAGACCACACUAUGAGCCUUCACAAAGUCUAUCACCGUUUCUCUCUCUUUUCUCUCACUCCACCUCUCCUCUCUCCCAUCUCGCUCAUCCCCUUCUCUUCGGCUCCCUCCUCCUUUCUCUCUCCCAAGCCCACUCGAUCUUUGACUCCCAGACAUUCAACUCCAACCACCACUCUCAAGUCCAUCAAGGCCAUGACUACAACAACAUCCUCUAGAUUUCACAAUCUUGUCCCUAUCAACGCCGCCGAAGACGGUGCCUCCGCUGGUGGCGAUAACGGUUCCGUCUCUUCCUCCUCCUCCGCCGCUGCUACUACUACUACUGUUGAUGACGAAGAUUCAGCAUUGGGUGGUGGAUAUCGUGUUCCUCCGCCAAAGAUUAGAGAUAUUGUUGAUGCUCCACCACUUCCAGCAUUGUCGUUCUCACCACAAAGGGAUAAAAUACUGUUUCUUAAGCGGAGAUCUUUACCUCCAUUGUCUGAGUUGGCAAGACCAGAGGAGAAGCUAGCUGGUGUUCGAAUUGAUGGAAAGUGUAAUGCCCGAAGUCGGAUGUCAUUUUACACUGGUAUUGGGAUCCACCAAUUACUGAAUGAUGGUACACUAGGCCCAGAGAUAGAGGUCCAUGGUCUUCCAGAUGGUGCUAAAAUCAAUUUUGUUACCUGGUCAAAUGAUGGGCAGCAUUUAGCCUUUGGUGUCCGAGUUGAUGAGGACAACAGUAGCAGUAAGCUUAGAGUAUGGGUUGCUGACGUAGAGACCGGAAAAUCUAGGCCUGUGUUUCAGUCACCGGAUAUCUAUCUAAAUGCAGUUUUUGACAAUUUUGUCUGGGUGGAUAAUGUGAGUUUAUUAGUUUGCACAAUUCCCUUAUCUCGUGGAGACCCACCUAAGAAACCUUUGGUUCCGUCUGGUCCCAAAAUUCAGUCUAAUGAGCAGAAAAACAUUGUUCAAGUCAGAACCUUCCAAGAUCUGCUCAAGGAUGAGUAUGAUGAAGAUCUUUUCGAGUACUAUGCUACUACACAGCUUGUUUUGGUUUCUUUGGAUGGGACAGUGAAGCCCAUUGGUCCACCAGCCAUAUAUACAUCAAUGGACCCCUCUCCGGAUCAAAAAUAUCUUUUAAUCACUUCGAUUCACCGGCCAUACUCCUUUAUUGUGCCGUGUGGAAGGUUUCCCAAGAAAGUUGAUGUGUGGACAACAGAUGGAAAAUUUAUUAGGGAACUUUGCGAUUUGCCCCUUGCUGAGGACAUUCCCAUUGCAUUCAAUAGUGUAAGAAAAGGGAUACGCUCAAUCAACUGGAGAGCAGACAAGCCUUCAACACUCUAUUGAGGUAUUUCUUGGUGUGAUAAUUCGCUGGCUCUAGUUUAUGAAUCUUGGUAUAAGACACGGAGGAUAAAAACCUGGGUAAUCUCUCCUGGAUCUGAAGAUGUGAAUCCACGCAUAUUAUUUGAUAGGUCAUCUGAAGAUGUGUACUCUGAUCCUGGUUCUCCUAUGCUGCGGAGAACUCCUGCGGGGACUUAUGUGAUCGCAAAGGUAAUGAAGGAAAAUGAUGAAGGCACUCAUAUUUUACUAAAUGGAAGUGGUGCGACACCGACUGGGAAUAUCCCAUUCCUGGAUUUAUUUGACAUAAAUACUGGCAAUAAAGAACGAAUAUGGGAGAGCGACAAGGAAAAAUAUUACGAGACUGUUGUUGCUUUAAUGUCUGAUGAGAAUAAAGGGGACUUAGACAUUAAUCAGCUAAAAUUACUGACUUCCAAAGAAUCAAAAACUGAAAACACCCAAUAUUACAUACAGAGCUGGCCAGAUAAGAAAGCAUGUCAAAUUACAAAUUUUCCUCAUCCAUACCCGCAACUGGCAUCAUUACAGAAAGAGAUGAUUAGGUAUGAGAGGAAGGAUGGAGUUCAACUUACUGCAACACUAUACCUUCCUCCAGGCUAUGAUCCCGCUAGGGAUGGCCCUCUACCUUGCCUUGUUUGGUCAUACCCUGGAGAAUUCAAAAGCAAAGAUGCAGCUGGGCAAGUUCGUGGUUCUCCUAAUGAGUUUGCAGGCAUAGGUCCAACAUCAGCCCUUCUUUGGCUGGCAAGGAGGUUUGCUAUUUUGUCUGGACCAACAAUUCCUAUCAUUGGUGAAGGCGAUGAAGAGGCAAAUGAUAGGUAUGUGGAGCAACUGGUUGGAAGUGCUGAGGCUGCAGUGGAGGAAGUUAUCCGACGUGGAGUGGCUAACCCAGAUAAAAUUGCUGUUGGUGGUCAUUCUUAUGGAGCAUUCAUGGCUGCAAACCUCCUGGCUCAUGCCCCUCAUCUUUUCUCUUGUGGAAUUGCUCGCUCUGGAGCUUACAACAGAACAUUAACGCCUUUUGGGUUUCAGAAUGAGGACAGAACACUAUGGGAGGCCACUACCACUUAUGUUGAGAUGAGCCCUUUUAUGUCAGCCAAUAAAAUAAAAAAGCCUAUCUUGCUUAUCCAUGGAGAAGAAGACAAUAAUCCCGGAACGUUGACCAUGCAGUCGGAUCGUUUCUUUAAUGCUCUGAAAGGUCAUGGUGCGCUCUGUCGCCUGGUGAUCCUUCCCUAUGAGAGUCAUGGUUAUGCAGCACGAGAAAGCAUAAUGCAUGUCCUUUGGGAGACAGAUAGGUGGCUGCAGAAAUAUUGUGUUCCCAACACUUCCGAUGCAAAUGCAGAACUUGAUGCAUGCAAAGACGAUGUAAGUAAAGAAACUGUGGAUUCAGAGAGCAAAGCAGUUGGUGCUACUGGAGGUGGAGUCUUGGAGCUGAUAGAUCUUGAGCAUGAAAGAUUUCAAUCCAUGCAAAGAUCAUCAUUAUGAUUGAUUGCUGUUGCUGAACUGCCGAGGAUAGAAGGUUGGAGCUUUGAUAUAAAAAGGUGUGAAAAGAGAGAGUAUGGUUGGCCGUCCUCAAAGCAAAUCUGCAACAUUCGAAAUUCCAAGUGGUCUAGACCGUUGCUUACAUGAUUGUUAUUUUGUGCUGCCAAUGAUAAACUUCCUCGGUGGCUCACCUCCCUGGGUGAUAUGGCAAUGUGUUAGAAUAAUUUAUGGGUGUCCAUUAUCCCUACUAAAAUUAUUUGCUUAAUAAUCUGUUUUGUAUGAUGUCUCUUCACACCAGUAACUGAGAAUAAAAUUGAAAAAACAUUUCAUCUUGGUGCUUAAGAAAAAAAUGGAGUGGAAUCAGCAGAAUAAUGAUUCUAUAACGGGAAAAUGUGCAAUGAUUUUGUAUUAUUUUCCCUGCUAGGAGAGGUUAUAUUUCGAAUCUAUUAUUGUUAUUAUUAUUAUAUAGAAUACUGAAUUGGAAUUGGAAUUGGAAUUGGAAUGUUUUGAAACUUGAAA